AUGGCCACCCCCCAAGCAAGUCAAGCCAACAGGCCAAGCACCGGGAGCUUCAAGUCAACCUCGGCAAUUACUAUCCGCGUGGGAAAGGCUCCAAACGUUGAGGACUUCAUUGCACAUGAGUCUUUCCUCACCUCACGUUCAGAAUUCUUCCGGCGCGCUAUGAACGGCAGAUGGACAGAGGCAACGACACGGAUCAUCAACCUACCCGAAGACGAACCCGACAUCUUCGCCCUCUAUAUCAGCUAUGUCUACACUGGUGAGUUCCCGGUCGCAAGCAAGACCGCAGAAGAGUUGAAAAAGCUUGAAGACGGAGACCUCAAGAAGUACCUUCAAGAGAAACAUCAUGCUAUCUUCAGCGUGUUUAUCCUUGCAGAGAAGUUCCAAGAUGUCGCAACUAAGAAUGCCAUGCUUUCAGCAUCACUGGCUGCCACCCGCUUGAAAGGCCCUCGAGGUAAGUGGUUUGUCCCAAGCGCAAAUACGACCAAAGCGAUCUAUGAAGGUACACCUUCAAACAGUCCCGCCAGACGUUUCGUCACUGACCUGUGGACUGCUGUUUCAAUUACAUGCAUUUUCGACCAAUUCCCAAAGUUCCACAAAGACUUCGCGAAAGACCUAGGCGAAUCGAUUCAGAAGGCCCGCGUCGAGAAUCUGGGUAACAUACCGGCGAAGAAGGGUAUUGCUACGUACCACGAAGAUAUUGAGGAGAAUUAG